AUGGAUCUGCACAGUUACCCUCAGGCUGAACAUGGAAGGUUUGAGCAAAUACUCAACCAAUUUCUCUUGAAAAGCCUCCACAUUAUAUUGGACUCGAGGGUCCCCGCCGAUCGGCCGCCCAGCCGAGGAGGUGAGAUAAAGAAGAGCGACAAAUGGUUCAAUUUAGUGUUGGGUGACCGCCCGUCGGCCAUGGAUAGCCUGAGCUUCUGGAACAGAAGCUUAAUGGAGCCGAUGAUAAUCGACAUUAUAAUCGUUCAAGAACAACCGACUUCCUCAUCAGACCCUACAGAUAUUUUCAACGAGACGGUUAUUGAGAGGUGGAUGGUUCAGUACGACUCUCAACGUGCAAUUUCCCCACAAGCCAUUGAUGCAUCUCACAAAAAGACAUACAAAAAAUCGAUCAUUCUCUUACGUUCGGUUUAUUCGAUGCUGAGGCUCCUCCCGGCUUACAAAGCAUUCCGUAAACGGAGCUCCUUGAAACAGAACUGCGAUUUCGAAAUCAGUUACAAAAUCUCCUCAUUUAGUUCACCCUUCUCGAGGGAGGAGGAGGAUUCGAUGAAGAAGUACAAUUUUGUCCCCGUCGAUGCCCAACAAGGCCGCCUCUCUGUAUCCGUGGCCUACCGUGAGGAUCUAUCUAAUUUUAAACUUGACUCGUUCGUUUCGUGUCCUGUGGAGAUAAUUACGGACUAUGUAGGCAGUCCUCUCACUGACCCCAUGAGGGUAUUUUCGGCCAAUCCACCUGCAAAGAGCCGCCCAACAUCUUUCCCGACGAGAGGGAGGCAGUUGACCCCCUCGUCGCCUUUCCAGCGGCCCCAUAGCUGGACGAGUGGGGUCCACAGGGAUGCUUCCUUACAGCAGAGCCAACAGCCUUUUAGUGGGUCCCCUCCUCUGCACCGUUCACCAUACGAGUACUCGCGUUCGCCUACUGACACAUAUAUACAUAGGAACCAAAAUCAAAGGUUACCGAUUCACCAAAAAAUGUUGUCUGAUUGUGAUCUGCUUUCGCCUCCGUUUUCGCCUUCUCCCUCUCCUUCCCCGCCUACAUACCCUUCGAACCAUUUCCAGAGCCGCCCGGUGAGUAUACCUCACCCGAUGACGGCCAGAAGCCCAAGAUAUCUUUCACCCAAUUUGUCCGAUCCGAAUAGGCAUUCUCUGCCGCCGUUAUCUCCUAGAAACACAAAGUAUGAUCCUUCAUCUCAUGAAUCCUCGUCGUCCGGUGUGAGAAGACUUAAUUCUCUCAGAGGUGGAGAAUUGAGUAACACACCAAUAAAUGUUAGUCAGAAGUUGUCACGGGAUGCAAAAGAGGAUUCAGGGCGGUUUUCGAGUUUGCUGUCGAGUAGUAGUUCGCCACGUGUCGGCUUUUCAAGGAGCUCAAGCCGGUUGUCUUUUCAGGAUGAUUUUGGCGACUGUGAUUUCUCGUGCCCAUUUAUUGUGGAUGACGUGGAGCCUCCUGAUAGCCAGACGAGCUUAAAUCUCGACCGACAAAAUAGUUCGGAAGUUUCUUCCCAGACAUCCUCGACGGCCAAGAAAUCCCAGGAUGCGGCCGUGGGUGCCCUCGUUCACAUGCUGAGGACAGCUCCUCCACUUCGCCAGGAUUGCAGUUACUACACCUCCCACUCCUCAAAUAUAAUGCCCGAGGGCGAAAUCGGUGGGGCAGUUUCGGAAUUUUUCAAGCCUCGCAAAACUUCCGACGCGCUUGAGGAGCUCAAAAUUUACAGGGAGAUGAAAGAUUUACUGCUCUCGAAAAGCGCGGCUAGUUUGGGAGGCAAAGGAAAGAACUAA